AUGUAUGCUACUCGAGUUGCAAAGCCCAAGCUCUCCCUUAAGAUCAACACCGCAUCCACCGGUGUUCCAUCGCUCUCCCUUCCGUCUCCAGCAGCGAUGGCCAUGCCCAGGACACCACUCUCCCCGUCACCACGCAGCCCAACAGCACUUAACACUGCUCGCAACCGAAAAAUAAGCCAGGGACAUCUGUCUCCCCUACCGCAGCAGCCCACUUUCGCAUACACCAACUCUAGCACUGCCAAGAGUAUUUUGAAAAAGAGCAGUGCUGCCAACAGCGACUUGGCUGCGAAGAGGCGGAUCCAAUUCAAUGGAGAGCCAACCGUCCACUGCGUGACUCCGAUCGAAAAUCCCGAUGAGUACUACGGUACUUACGCCAAAAUGAGCAGGGAUGAGAGACGGUGGUCGAGAUUUUCGUGA